AUGGGCCUCGAGCACUUCCAGGCAGUGUGCCCGUCGGUGAGCUCUUUGCAGGAUGCCCAGGUCUGGUGUGUCGCCAAAGCCGGCACUUGCUGCGGCGUCUGCCCCAACACCCUCGCGUCGUUGGGCACUCGUGUCGGCUUGACGUUCACGGUCUUCUUCGCGACCCUGGUCGUCGUCAUCGACGGCGCCGAAGCGCCCUUCAUCUUCAUGACGACGUGUCUGCAAGCGGUGGCCUACCUCGUGACGGUCUUGCAGGCCGGUUUGACUGGCGACGGCAUUUCUCGUUUUCACGCCUACUACGCCCUCGUGUGCUCGAUGGGCUUCCUGUCGCCGCUCGCCGCUGCGUCCGUCACCGCGGCGCAUUUUCAUUACGGCGGCGCGCACCAGACGGGUUCUCGCCUGCUCGCCUUUCGGACCGACCUCUCACGUCACCGCGCACCGGCCGCCGAGUCGGACGAUGGACCCGCUCGACAAUCUCGCACGUACCGGUCGCUCGGCUCGCCCUUCUUCCACAGCUCGUCGCGCCGUCCUCUACGGUCGACCGACCCGUUCCGCCAUCACGAGGGCACGAGCACCGAGGCGUCGCCGAUCGUGCGGCCCGUCGAUCCAGAGCCGGGUCUCGAGGCUCGUCAACGAGGACGGAGGCCCGAACCUGUCCUUGACGAGGAAGCGGCCCUCGAGUCGCCAAAGCUGCUGCCGGCCACGCCGCUCGCCCUCCUGUCCCGCCAGUCGCCGACUCUCGGCUCUCCCCUCGUCUCGACCUCUCGACCAUCGCCAGCCGGACGCCAUCCCGUCCCUCAUGAUCUCGACGAUGCCGACCCGACCCUCACCGCCCUCCCACCCCUCGAGCUCUCGCCGGCAGCUCUUCCUCCCCCGACUCGCCUGCGCCGGCGACUCAAGAAGCGUCAGCCGCCCGAGCGACCUCGCUCGCCGUCCACAAGCUCCGUCUACUCGCCGGAGCAGCUGCGCAAGAUCGAGAAGAAGACGCAGGACGGAAAGUGGCGGCGGUGGGGCAUGAUCGUGGCCAACGGGGCGCUCUUCCUCCUGUGGCUAGCCGUCUUCUUGCUCGUCCACGGCGUCAUCGGCGGCUUCAAGUUCAUCCAGACGACGUGCACGGACCCGAACGCGACUGAGCUUCUCACGACCGCCUCGAUCGCCCUUCUCUGCUUCUCGGUCGUCGUCUUUGCCGUGUGCGCGCUCAACUUCUACUCGCACAUCCUGCGCUUUCACAUUCGGCGCGUCCUCGACUACUCGCGAGGUCCCAGCUUCUGGUCGCAGCUUGCCGUCCCGGCCGUCUUCUCGAGCAUCGUCUUCUCGCUCUGGCUCGCGCUCCUCUGGACCUCGUACGACCUGGCCGCUCAGCCGAGCUCGUCGCUCCUCGCCGAGACGGAGCAAUCGACCACUUUCGCGACCGUAUUGUCGAUCGCGCUCGUCGUCAAGCCCGUUAGCGACCUCGUAAAAGCCUUGUUCAAGCUCGACCGCCGGAAGAAGCGCCUCGCCAAGAGCAAGCUUCGACAACGAUCUUCCCUUCCCGACCCUCCUCCUUCCCCCGCAUCCUCCUCUCACUCGCACACCAUUCUUGACGACAAAGAGGUCGACGAUCCUCGAG